UGCGAGUCAGAUCUACGCCUAACGUCAAAAGCGUAGUCCCCCAAGACGAGAGACGAGGAUCUGUGGUGAUCUGAAAAGCUCCUUUAACCAUGGCGACUUUUGACGACGGAGACUUCCCACCUCAAACCCAUUCUCCGUCCGAGCACGAUGACUUUGGCUACGAUAGUUUCUCCGAAGCUCAGCCACCUCCCCCGACUCAACAUCAACAUCAACAUCAACAUCCCUCCGGUGGAUUCUCCUCUUCUUUUAAUGGUGGUGAUGGAGCUUAUGGAUCUGACAAUCCUGCUUCCCCCAACGGCUACGGAUUUGGUGCUUCCUCACCUAACCACGAGUUUUCCUCUCCGUUCGAGUCUGACGCUAACGGCAACGGCGGCGACGCGAUCUUCUCUUCCGAUGGUCCGGUUCUUCCAGAUCCGAAUGAGAUGAGGGAGGAGGGUUUUCAACGCCGUGAGUGGCGCCGUCUAAACGCCAUUCACCUUGAGGAGAAGGAAAAGAAAGAGAAGGAGAUGCGGAACCAGAUCAUAACUGAAGCAGAAGAUUUCAAGAAAGCCUUCUAUGAGAAAAGAGACAAGACUAUUGAGACCAACAAGACUGAUAACCGCGAAAAGGAAAAACUAUACUGGGCUAACCAAGAGAAGUUCCACAAAGAUGUUGACAAGCAUUACUGGAAAGCUAUUGCAGAGCUAAUCCCGCGUGAGGUUCCCAACAUCGAGAAGAAGAGAGGGAAAAAGGAUCCGGACAAGAAACCAUCAGUGAAUGUUAUCCAAGGUCCUAAACCUGGGAAACCAACUGAUCUUGGUAGAAUGAGGCAGAUAUUCUUGAAGCUCAAGACAAAUCCCCCACCCCACAUGAUGCCACCUCCUCCUCCAGCCAAAGAUGCCAAAGAUGCCAAAGAUGCAAAAGAUGGGAAGGAUGCAAAAGGAGGGAAAGACGCCAAGGACCUAAAAGAUGGGAAACCUGUGGAUCCAAAGGCCACAGAGGAAAAACCUGCUUCACCUGCCAAAGACGCAAGUGUUGAAACAGCUAAACCUGAGGUUGCUGCCUCAGGAGAGGGAGAGAAACCUGUGGCUGAGGCUGAGGGAGCCAAGGCGGAGUGAAAAAGGUCUUUAGUAUUACUGUUGUGGGGAUUAUUUGAUAUUGAAGUCACAAUAGCUGCGGGCGAAAUAAGAAGGGGUAAGUUAUGUGCACAUAGACGCUCUAUUGGGGGCUAUCUGUGGGCACACCAUUUCCUCUUCUGGAGAGAGAAUUUUAGUCCUUUUGUUUUGGUUAUUAUUAUUUUUUUUUACCAUUAUAUUUGUUCUGCAAAAUUUGGUUUUUUUGUCUUGGAUGAUGUUCACUUUAAAAUCAUUUUGGUUCCACGUAUUUCAUUUGUAAGACUUCAAGAACUAAAGUUUGUUGGAUGAAUCAUGAAUCAUUGGAUUGUAUGAA